UCGCUUUAUCGAGACGUUAAGCCUAGGCUGUGACGUGUCGUUGGCCCACUGGGCCUCAGUCGGAGAGUCGGAGAGUCCCAGCCGUGAAGUUCGCGGUCCUGGAGAGGGGGUCACCCGAAGUGCGAGAUGCAAGCGGGGAAGCCCAUCCUCUAUUCCUAUUUCCGAAGCUCCUGCUCCUGGAGAGUUCGAAUUGCUCUGGCCUUGAAGGGCAUCGACUAUGAGACAGUGCCCGUCAACCUCAUAAAGGAUGGAGGCCAGCAGUUCUCCAAGGAAUUCCAGGCACUUAAUCCCAUGAAGCAGGUGCCAGCCUUGAAGAUCGAUGGCAUCACCAUUGGCCAGUCACUGGCCAUCAUCGAGUACCUGGAGGAGACUCGGCCCACCCCGCGACUCCUGCCUCAGGACCCAAAGAAGAGGGCCUCCGUGCGCGUGAUUUCCAACCUCAUCACCAGCGGCAUCCAGCCCCUGCAGAACCUGUCUGUCCUGAAGCAAGUAGGGCAGGAGAGCCAGCUGACCUGGGCCCAGAAGGCCAUCAGUUCUGGCUUUAACGCUUUGGAGCAGAUGCUGCAGAGCACAGCAGGGAAGUACUGUGUGGGAGACGAGGUGUCCAUGGCUGACCUCUGCUUAGUGCCUCAGGUGGCAAAUGCUGAAAGGUUCAAGGUGGAUCUCACGCCCUACCCUACCAUCAGCCGUAUCAAUAAGUCACUGCUGGCCUUGGAGGCCUUCCAAGUGUCUCACCCCUGCCGGCAGCCAGACACACCUCCCGAGCUGAGGGCCUAGCUCUCAAAGCACGCACCACUGGUGCAGGAGCACAAGCUGGAUGGGCUGACCAGGCCUGGCAAUGAGGAAGCCCUAACUGGAGAAGCAGGACACUUGUACUCCUAGCGCUUGAACUUGAACUCUCGCCCUACAUCUGCCUUCACACUGAACCUCUUUCUGCCUUUGUCCCCUUGCCUGUAAAAAGUGGUCAGGGUGGCCCUGACCGGGUGGCUGUUUGUUGAAGCAUCAUCCCAUGCACCAAAAACGUUGUGGGUUUGGUUCCUCGUCAGGGCACAUACCUGGGUUGUGAGUUUGAUCCUCGUUCAGGGUGUGCAUAUGGGAAGCAGCCGAUCAGUGUUUCUCUCUCUCUCUCUCUCUCCACCCUCCUCCCUCCUUUCUCUCUCUAAAAAUAAUAAA